AAGCUAACAACUUAGUCGAAAUUUGGUACAACCUUUCGAACGCAUCCGGUAACAGUCUUACUUUUUUUAAUUUGUAUUUCCGGCUGGAUUUCCACCUCGACGCGCACCAGCGCAGAAACAAUCGGAACCAUCGAAAGCGGCCCGUAUGAUUUAUCUUCUUCAUAAUUAGGUACUUUUACAACUUGCUUUACCAUUACCCCCCCUACUAUUCGAAAAUGAACACCACGAGCGAGCAGCAGGACCAGGCGAAAAAGCGGUUUCGCGAGGCCCUGGCGCGAGAGCGGGCACUGAACCCAAAUAUGGACGAGACCGAGCUGACGGCGAGAACUUUCCAUAGGUUGAAAGCCCUGAAUGCAGCGACGAUGAGCACCACUUCUACCGGUGGAAAUAUGCCCGGAGGACCUGCGUUGCUGGAUCCCAACGAAGACAGCCCGAUGCCACCUGCAGAGGACGCAACAAGCUCGGCUACACCAACAUCGGGCGGGGUCGUUGCCGGCGGCGCGGCUGUUCUUGGGGGGACAGCAACUGCAGCAGCUUCAAGUGGUCGAUUCCAGCCAGUGGCCAGGAGUUUAGGCACUACUUCUCAUGGCGCUGGUGGGCCUGCAGACGCGGAGAAUAUCAGGCAAAAACGCUUAGAGAUGCUGGAAGCGAAGCAAAGGGAGAAAAGCCAGCAGCUUGCUGCUACGAAGGUUGAUAAUGAAAUCAAUGCCGUAACCUUGUAGGACUGCAAUUUGAGUGUUUAUUUUGCUUUUGCCGGGUCAAGGGGAAGUCAAAGAAGAGGAUGGACUUUGAAUGCAACAAAAUCAUAGCACACAGACACACUCACACUGUUCAGGUGGAGUCUGGCAAUUUCAAGAAGCGCGACUGGGAGCACAAUACGGCUGGCCGCUCCUCCGCCAGUCAGAACCAGGAAGGACAGGCGAAGCUUGGCCCCAACAAGCUGACCGUGGACGAACUGCUCGCGCUCAGCACCGAAGACGCGGAAAUGGAAGACGUAGAAACAAGAACUGUCUUGAAGCACGGCGUGCUCGUCAAGGAACGGGCAACCGCGAGCGUGGGUUCCACACCCGCCGCAGCAGCGGCCGGUGGUGCGCAGCCGUCGAGUUUCGUGUCUUCUACUGGCGGCGCGCUUGCCGCGACCGGGCAGGAGGGAGGUGGUGCUCUUGCUGCGGAGCAAUUAGUACCAGGUACAACAUCUUCAAUUUUGAUCGCGUUUUCUUCAGUAGGACGUCAUACAUUCGUUCCUAUUCCUAUUGCUUAUUCAUCCGAGUGAAAAGUAGAACUGCGUGCCUGCUCAACGAAUGUUUGUGCUUCUGCUUCUCGUCCUGUUUCGUUCCAGAAAUGAGGAAUAUAAAAUAUUACCUCCUGUUCCUUCGCAGACAUACAGGACACAGGCCGUGAUGUCGUGGCUCACUUGCUUGUAGUUUUUAGCUCCUCAUCUUUUCCUUGCGUAGGUUCUGGCUCUCCGACCGCAGGCAACCAGCCAAUACCGUCGGUGAAUAAAAGCCCCGGAGGAGGUGGUACGCCAGCAGCAGCCGCAGGGGCGCAAUCCCAGUCCCAGCGGCCGACGGCUCACAUUGCGCCGGACCUGCUGGAGGACCUGGCCCGGCGUGUGAGUUCGGGAGAACACGUGGACGCGAGUAAGAUCUCCGACAUGCUGGUGGGCGCGGCGAUGAAGAUUCGCGACCUGGAGGAGGAGAAAACGCAGCUGCAGAUCGGCUACGUCAAGGCGCAUUCGCAGAACUUCCACAACCUCCAAGUCCUGGCUACGAUCGACCACGUGCUGGCAAAGACGCAGGGACUCGAGGAACGAGAGCCGGUUUUCAGCUCGACCGCCAGCGCACUGCAGCGAGCCAGCCAAAAUGCAGCCUCUGGAGAGCAGGACACCGCACCGAAAUCCUACCUGAUAAAGCGGGGCGACGCCACGCACCCGGUAAACAACCCACUUGGAGGAGCUGCAGCUGGGGAAACGGGCAUUCCGCGAGGAACCAGCGGCGAAUACACGAGCGGUGGAGCGGGGGGGCAGCACCAGCAGCAACCGACCGGUGGUGCUGGGCAGCAACAGGCACGAAUCACCUGGUCAACUGCUGGCGGAACCACGGGGGGCUCUUCUGGCAGUGGGACGGCGCUGGGAGCGGCCCCCUCCGAGGCCGAGAUGCAGCGCCAGAAAGACGCGCGGCUCGCCCGGUUAGAGAAACAACAGGCCGACGCGAAGAAGGAGAGGGAAGAGGCGGAACGUCGGGCAAAGGCGCGAGACGCUAUGGGUGGGGGCGGGGGGCCGUACCACGGGGGAGGUGCCGCCUCGCACCACGGGCAUCAUCGGUAGCAGAGAGGUACGUGGUAGACUACUGUACUUAGGCUUUCUCGCGUUCAUGCAUCCUUGACAUGUUCUUGAAGAGCACCACUGUGUUCUUUGUGUAACCAUAGCUGCAGAUAAAGUUUCAUUUUUCUGUACUUACUUGUUUACGCUCCUGGCUCACCACUCAAAUGCGUAUUUUCACCGACUUGAUGCGUAUGGAGUAGAAGAUGGUAGCAGAAGCAUCAGCACGGUACUUUUUUAGUAGUUUUUGGCAGUUUAUUUUGCUAUGAUGCCCUCGUUGUACAAGCGGACGACUUGCGUCGCGACCAUUGGGGAUAGCGCUGUGUAGGUGUUAGAAAUAAAGACUUGCUUCUCAUAGUAUAAUACAGGACCGAAGGGAAAUUUACAUUCAGUAGCAGUCGGAGAUCGUCUAUUGAUCCAUCCGAGAUGAAUUUGUUCUUCGCAUCUUUUGAUUUAUUGAAAUUGAUGCUCAUGCGCGGCUGCUACUCUCCGAAAAACUUACGACCAGGCGGAGAACCUCUCCAUCAGGUUCAGAAAAAAAAAAACAAAAUGUAAGCUCUUGGAGACCGAGACAAAAUCUACCCGGUGCUGGCUUUCUCGUGUCUCAUUUUGUGUAGCUUACACCGAGAAAGAUCCUAUGUGUUAUGGAAGUUUGGGUUGAAAGAAUACCCGCGACAUGAAGAAGCUUCGCUGCCAAUCCUUAAAGGUCUAAGCUUCAAAAGGAAUUGUUGCC